AUGAUUAAAAAUAUACUCAAUAAGCUCCCACGGAAACAAGGCAAGUUAGUAGAAAAUCGUGAUGGAAGAUCCUCUACUUUCUCUUCAAAUGUUUCAACUACUUUGAGGAACAAUAAUAACCCAGGUUCUCGGUCAGGCAAUUCAAAUGCUGGAUCUCAUUCUGGGAGCAAUUCAACUUUGAAUUCCAGUAUAAAUCAUGGAAACAAAAUUCCUGAUACGUUAAAUACGAAAGGGAAUGGAAAUGCAAGAGCUCUACCAUAUGAGUUGCUGCCCGGUUUUAAAGAUGUCCCAAAUGUGGAGAAGCAAAACUUGUUAAUCAAAAAGCUGAAUUUGUGUUGUGUAGGAUUUGAUUUCACUGACCCAACAAAGAAUUUGAAAGAAAAAGACAUCAAACGGCAAACCUUGGUGGAUAUUGUUGACUACAUUACUUCUGCAAAUGGGAAAUUCCCAGAAACUGUUAUGCAAGAGAUAGUACGAAUGGUAUCCAUAAACUUGUUCCGGACACUCUCUACACAGCCCCGUGAAAAGAAAGUCUUAGAAGCCUUUGAUUUGGAAGAAGACGAGCCCUUGAUGGAUCCUGCAUGGUCCCAUUUGCAAAUUGUCUAUGAAUUCCUUCUCAGGUUUGUGGCUUCACCAGAGACUGAUGCAAAGUUGGCUAAGCGGUAUAUAGAUCACUCUUUUGUUCUAAGGCUGUUAGAUCUAUUUGAUUCAGAAGAUCCCAGAGAAAGGGAGUAUUUGAAGACUGUUCUACACCGUAUAUAUGGAAAAUUCAUGGUGCACCGUCCAUUCAUUAGAAAAGCAAUCAAUAAUAUAUUUUACCAUUUUAUUUUUGAAACUGAGAAGCAUAAUGGAAUUGCAGAACUGUUAGAAAUUUUGGGCAGCAUUAUAAAUGGAUUUGCUUUGCCAUUGAAAGAAGAGCACAAACUUUUCCUUGUUAGGGUGCUUAUUCCGCUUCACAAACCAAAGUGCGUACCCACAUACCAUCAGCAACUAUCAUAUUGCAUCACGCAAUUUGUGGAAAAGGACUGCAAACUUGCUGAUACUGUUAUAAGGGGCCUAUUGAAAUAUUGGCCAAUCACAAACAGUUCAAAGGAGGUUAUGUUCUUAGGUGAACUGGAGGAAGUCUUGGAAGCAACUCAGCCUCCAGAGUUCCAGCGCUGUAUGGUUCCUUUGUUCCGCCAGAUCCGCCAUUGCUUGAGCAGUUCACAUUUUCAGGUGGCAGAGAGAGCUUUAUUUUUAUGGAACAAUGAUCAUAUCGAGAACCUGAUCAAACAAAAUCACAAAGUUAUUUUGCCAAUUAUCUUCCCUUCCUUGGAGAAGAAUGCAAGAAACCACUGGAAUCAGGCAGUGCGGAGCUUGACACUAAAUGUUCAAAAAAUCUUCUCUGAUACCGAUCCCGAGAUCUUCGAGGAGUGUUUACUUAAGUACCAAGAAGAUGAAGCACAAGAAGAAGAAAUCAAAAUAAAGCGUGAAGCCACUUGGAAGCAGUUAGAAGAUAUUGCUGCUAUGAAAGUUUCAAGUAACGAACCAGUGCUCGUGCCUCACAGUGCUGACCAAGAAUACAUAGCAUGGGAAUGGAGGUGGAAUUGUCUCAAUUGCUUGUAUUCUUGUGCUCCUGUUUUGGCCCAUCAACCGAACAGGGUGAAGGUCACUGCUUCCAACCAUUUUCAGAUUUAG